GCUGAUGCUGCAGCUGGUUGUUCUUUCCUACCUUUGAGUUCAUGGCAUAGUUCUCUUGCGGAAAGGCACGCACCACCUCUUCGUCGGCAAGUGCAGCAGGUGGCGGGUCGAGCGAGCAGAGUUAGAAAUAGACGUUGCUUCCUUUGCUUCAUCGCAUAUUUUCUUGAGCUUCAUUUGGCUCCCAAUUUAAUCGUCAUCUUCCUGUCCGUUUGGGCUCGCCGGCGACCGACAGAGGGUAAAUGUCGGAGCCAUGCUGCGGACCGGUGUUCUGGUUAUACCUGGCUGUAAGCGUGUGUCUGGUUUUGUUUGCGGGGCUCAUGUCGGGGCUAACCCUUGGUCUCAUGUCGCUUAGCCUGGUGGACCUUGAGGUUAUCACCAAGUCGGGCCGUCCCGAGGACAAGAAGAAUGCCAUGAAGAUUCUACCUGUGGUGAAGAACCAGCAUCUGCUUCUAUGCACACUGCUCAUCGGAAAUUCCCUAGCCAUGGAGGCGCUGCCCAUAUUUCUUGAUGCCUUGGUUCCUGCUUGGGGCGCGAUAUUGAUAUCUGUCACUCUUAUUCUAGUGGCCGGCGAGAUUAUUCCCCAAUCCGUCUGUUCCCGCUAUGGGCUGAGCGUGGGAGCCCGGACGGCUGGGAUUGUGCGGGUUCUUCUGCUUGUUUUCUUUCCAAUAGCGUAUCCCAUCAGUAAGUUGUUGGACUGGUUGCUAGGGAAGGGGCAUUAUGCACUCCUCCGAAGGGCAGAAUUAAGGACAUUGGUAGAUAUGCAUGGAAAUGAGGCAGGGAAGGGUGGGGAGCUGACUCAUGACGAAACUACUAUUAUUACUGGAGCAUUGGAUUUGACUCAAAAAACUGCUAAAGAUGCCAUGACUCCAAUAUCUGAUACAUUUUCCCUUGAUAUCAAUGCCAAGCUUGACAUGCACACGAUGGGCUUGAUAAUGACUAGAGGUCACAGUCGAGUGCCAAUCUACUCUGGGAACCCUACAAAUAUUAUUGGUCUUAUUUUGGUCAAGAAUUUGAUUACUUGUCGUCCUGAGGAUGAAAUCCCUGUUAAAGAUGUUACCAUCAGAAAAAUUCCUAG